AGCGAAUUUGAAUCAGCCGCCACCGGUCCCGGCCUGUUGUUUCAUCGUGUCGGCACAAUCGUUCGUACCGGUGCUCACUCGCGGUUCCUCUCGCGCUUGAUCGCGCGGAAUUUCAUGAUCCGUCGCACGACUACUUUGAAGUGAGAACGCCUGGCGAGACCAAGUAAGGCAAACAGGAUGCGGAGAAGAUAUUGACGAUUAAAAAGAAAAAAAAAAAAUUAAGAGGGAGGAUGAGAGAGAACCAUUGACGCCAGUUCGAAACUCCGCUGGAGUCGAGGAGAAGUGCGCGAGAGAUAAGAACGGAUAACGUCAUCUCAGUGGUUCAGAAAGAGAAAUCUCUCGGAUUAUCCUGGGUGUGUAACAAAAUACCGGCGACAAGUGUCGGGAUCGGCGACAAUUGAGAGAGCAGGAGUUCAUCACUCGCCAAGUUGGAGGUCAUUGUUCUCCAUCGCCGAGUGGUAUCGACACGCCGAGAGAGAAGAAAGGAAGCGAUCGUCACGAGAGAAAUCGCCGAUGAACGAAGAGGACCGGAGGAACAACAGUCAACCAGUCAUUCGUGGCGAGACGCACCGGAAACGCGCGAGUUUCGAUCGAUGAGCGAUUGUCAACGCGGUAUCGACAUCAUCACUGCCACGUGACACUCCUGCUGUCAUCGAUUUCCGAGAAAUAGAAGUAGCUUCCUCUCGCGCCACGGUGACGGCAUCGUCGGUGAUCUGGGGCAGCCGGCGAUUGUCUUGCCGUAAUCGGUCGCGCGGGAUCACGGCGAGACACGGCGCGGCGUGGGAACUAUCAGCAUCAGCUCCCGUCUACGAUGAAAUCAGCGACGUAAUCCAGUGUCACGCCGAUACGUGCUCCGAGCGGUGACUAGCGUCACGACGUGCACCACGAGGCGUCGAAGCGGCGGCGACGACGACGACGACGACGACGACAACGACGAGGAGGAGGUGGACGAGGACGACGAGGAAGAGAGCGGCGGAGGCGGCAGAGGAGAAGAGCGACCGAAGGCAGGAGAGGGAGAAAAAUCAAGAAGGAAGUAGCAAGUGUCACGAAGGGAUCCUUGUCAGUGAGUGGUGGACCGUGGUACGGAUCGUGGGGGCAUCGUACGCGUGUGAGAAGGAUCUUGGCUGAGAAAGAAAGAGAGAGAGUGAGAGAGACAUAGAGGACGACAGAGGAGGGGUGGCCGGCAAGCACGCGCAGCAAGUCUCACGCUCGAUACGGGCACGCGCGCGAAUUCGACACGAUCGCCGGCACUUCCGAUCGCGCCGGCCGGCUUCUCCUGAUACGGAAGAGGGCUGUGACCUUGCGACCCGACCUUGGAAAUUGGCGCCACCGUCGAUCGCAUCAUUUCAUCUCGGGUCGAGAGCGCGGUUUCCGUUUCAUCGACAAUUCGCGAAUAAAUUUCAUUCGUUCGCCGCGAGUCGAAUUUUGCGCGAGUGUGAAGAGAAAUACGUUUGACACUGAUCUCUGUGCAAAUUACAAAUCGACGAGGCUCUCUUCGAUUUCCGGAAACGAGGAAGGAGGUCGUUAACGAUCGAGGUGCAUAAACUACGACCUGUAACGCCGAUGGAAUGACUCAAUAUGCCGCUUAGGUCGUUACUGUUGAUCUUCGCCUUCGCGCUAUGCGCGACGUGCAACCGCGCUGACUUCUUCGGCGGGAAGGAAGUGGUGUACGAUUUGAUGGUGGCAACGGUGUCAUCGAUGAUGGACGAGAAUAACCUUUACAUGGACGACGGCGUAGACGGAUUUCCGGCGUUUGGCUUUCGACCCGGCUCCGAAGUGAAGCAACCCUACAGACUGUACCUCCCGGAGAAAUUGCCGGCCGAGUUCACCCUAGUGGCCACGUUCAAGCCGACCUCCUUUAGAACGAGCUACCUCUUCGCCGUUCUUAAUCCCUUCGAAACCGUUGUCCAAUUGGGCAUUAGAAUUUCGGAUGGGCCGGGCUCUAACCAGAAUGUCUCACUGGUCUACACUAAUUCGGACGAGCAUUCGCAUUCGGAGGAGGUGGCGAAAUUCACCGUGCCAAAGCUUACGAAGAAGUGGUCGAAGAUCGUCAUUAAGGUUUUGACGAACGACGUCACCCUCUAUCUCAAUUGCCACGAGAUGGCUAGGCAGAGGGUUACCAGGAUCCCCCAGGAAUUAGUAUUCGAUACUGCCAGUACGCUGUACAUCGCGCAAGCCGGACCGCACAUCCAGGAACGAUACGACGGUCUACUGCAAUCUUUGAAAUUGUACGCCGGCCAUCCUCCGGACCUUGUAAAAUGCUCUGCCGAUUUUGACUUUUCAGCAGAUGAAGAGGUCGCUUCUGGUGAUUACGAUGUCAGUUUGUUCGACGGUUCUGGCGACGCUGAUUUAAAUAAGAUCAGUCGAGAUGUGGACGAAGACAAAAGCGAGGAGAGUAACCCGCCACCAUUCAUCACGCCCCCGCCUCCGAAUCCAGAUUAUAAAGGUCCGAAAGGGGAGAAGGGUGACAAAGGGGAUAAGGGCGAGAGCGUCAGAGGUCCCCCAGGUCCUCCUGGCCCUCCUGGUCGCGACGAAGAUUGGCUAAUGAAGAUACCACAGGGACCACCUGGUCAGAAGGGAGACCCCGGCACUUGCACCUGCAACGCCACGGCCUUAAUGUCUUCCUUUACGAUGCCAAAGAUGAUACAAGGGCCGAAGGGUGAGCCAGGAGUACCCGGACAGGAAGGCAAGCAGGGCCUAAUGGGCCUCACGGGUGCGGCAGGACCGCCAGGGGAAAGAGGACUGCAUGGUCCGUCCGGGAGUAAAGGUGACAAGGGUGAUAUUGGAAUAGCAGGGCCAGAAGGUCCUCAAGGUCAGAAAGGCGAACCAGGUCGGGAUGGAAUACCCGGUGAAAAAGGUGCGCAAGGUCCGCCGGGGCCGCCCGGAAAAGGAGAAUUUUCUGGCUAUGACCCCAGUUGGAAACCUCGAAAUAUUUACAGACCGGAAGGUAUCACAAUGAGACCAGGACUUCCAGGACAAAAGGGUGAGCCAGGCAUUUCAGGGAAUCCUGGUCCUAAAGGCGAGUCUGGAAUACCCGGAUCUAAAGGUAUCAAAGGGGAACCUGGCUACAAAGGUGUCAAGGGUGAUCAUGGGAAAGAUGGUCCUAGAGGAAUUCAGGGCUUUAAGGGUGAACCUGGCGCACCCGGUGCACCAGGGUUGCCUGGCGCACCAGGUGAAAACGGGCGACCGGCCGAAAAAGGCGACAAGGGCGAUACGGGACCUGAAGGAAAACUGGGUCCUCCAGGGCCACCCGGUCCACCCGGUAUGGGAGGUUCCGGUAGCAUAAACGUGGGAGAUCUAGGCUUUGGCACAAAAGGUGAUAAAGGCGAUGGUGGGGCGCGCGGAUACAAGGGCGAUAAAGGCACGAAAGGCGAAAAGGGCGAUAGGGGUGACUCCGGACCAGCUGGUAUUCCCGGAAUAAACGGUAUUCAAGGACCUCAAGGAGAUAAAGGCGAACCGGGUAAAGACGGAGUAUCAGGAUUACCCGGUACACCUGGCACUAAAGGCGAGAGAGGUGAGAGAGGUCCUCCUGGAGCCACUACCGUCGCCAAUUCCGGAGACUAUAUCACCAUCAAAGGUGAGAAAGGCGCCGAAGGAAAACGGGGUAGAAGAGGACGACCUGGACCGCCUGGUCCUGUGGGUCCUCCCGGGAAACCAGGAACUACGGGAGAGAUCGGUCUACCAGGAUGGAUGAACACGAUGAAGGGUCGUCCUGGGACUCCUGGAAUUCCGGGAAGUAUCGGUCCAAUGGGACCCAAGGGAGACAAGGGAGAGCCUGGCGCACCGAGUCCUUACGGUGUUUCUGUCGGUAUCAAAGGCGACAAGGGAGACGAUGGUUUUCCUGGAAUUCCUGGGCAGCCGGGAAGAGAAGGUCAAAGAGGACCUCCAGGACCUCCCGGACCACCUGGAGCACCGUCUCAAGGAAAAUAUAUGCCAGUUCCAGGACCUCCGGGUCCUCCCGGACCGCCUGGUCCGCCUGGCUUGUCUUUAAUCGGACAGAAAGGAGAACCCGGGAUCGGUAGAAGCCAUGUUUUCGGGGAAAGAGAUUACUAUCCCCCCAGGCAAGGAGCCAGAAGUAGUCUGGACGAAUUGAAAGCUCUACGUGAACUCAAGCAACUGAAAGAACUGAAAGAGCAAUUAGGUGUUGUUACUGCUACAAGGGGACCUUUAGAAAGUACAACGAAAAUUGUGCCAGGAGCUGUUACGUUCCAAAAUACAGAAGCCAUGACAAAAAUGUCUAGCGUUAGUCCAGUCGGGACUCUGGCUUAUAUCAUAGACGAACAAGCUUUACUAGUCAGAGUUAACAAUGGAUGGCAAUACAUUGCUCUCGGAUCACUUUUGCCUAUCACUACGCCAGCACCACCAACAACGUCUCCACCGCCAGCAAAUCCUCCUUUCGAAGCAUCCAAUUUAAUUAAUCAGAUACCCGUGAAAGCCGACGGAACAGGAUGGUAUCCGCGAAUGUUGAGGAUGGCUGCAUUGAACGAGCCGUUCACCGGAGAUAUGCAUGGUAUACGAGGAGCAGACUACGCUUGCUAUCGACAAGCAAAGCGAGCAGGCUUGAGAGGUACCUUCCGCGCUUUCCUUAGCUCUCGAGUUCAAAAUGUUGAUAGCAUUGUCAGAUUAGGAGAUCGAGAUCUUCCUAUAGUUAACAUAAAGGGCGACGUGCUAUUCAACUCUUGGAAAGAAAUGUUUAAUGGAAAUGGAGCGUACUUCUCUCAAAAUCCCAGAAUCUACAGCUUCAAUGGAAAGAACAUUUUUACUGACUUCGCGUGGCCUGAUAAAGUCGCGUGGCACGGUUCUCAUAAACUUGGCGAUCGAGCAAUGGACACUUACUGCGAUGCCUGGCACUCGAGCAGCUCGGAUCGUUAUGGAUUAGGCUCGCCGUUGACCGGCGGCCGAUUGUUAGACCAAGUACGAUAUUCGUGCGACAAUAAAUUUGCGCUGCUCUGCAUCGAGGUGACGAGCGAGCUGGUGAGGAGACGACGGAACGCCGACAAUCGGCCAGACGACGACAUCGAGAUGUCGGAGAACGACUAUAUGGAGUACUUGGAGGAACUCAUGCAAUACUGAACACUCGCACCUUCGACCAUCCAUUCGCAACGCGAAAAUCGAGCCGUUAUGUAAAUAGGAAUGCAGAUGCGCGCGUGCUGCGUUUCUUCACGCGACAUAUAUAUAAUAAUAAUAAUAUAUAUAUAUAUAAAAGAAAAAUCCCACGUUCGAGUAAUAAUUCAUAUCGACAUACAUAUCGUGAAGCCAUAACGUGUGCGAGCCAUCGCAAGCAACGUCACGUCUCAUCUUUCGCGAUCUCGAGAUCACAAAACCAUCUCCGAUUCCAAAGGUAUAAUUAUAAUUGUACUUUCACCACGAGUCACUAGCCAUCCGCUUCAGCCGCGUCUCAGUUCUCUCUUUCUCUUCUCGAUCUUUCUUAAAGAUAAAAAGAAGACUGAUCGUCUAGAUAUUUGUCAGUGUUUCAUCGUAUUGCGUAUUCGCACCAGGUACUGUCCCGUCUAUCAGUCGCUUUCGAAAGCUUCGAUCGCUCGAGGUCUUUCGAGAAAAAAAGCUCCGCCGCGAUUCAACGUUUACCCUCAUCACGAUAAACGUCCAAAAAUACGGAUUGUCAAACGAGCGACGCAAAUCCGGACAACGCGUGUAAGACUCGCUCAGGCCCGCGUUUAUGGCGCACUUUAAAAGCGGCUGUUUAGUUUUAUCCUUGUUUUUCGACAAGUAUCAUACAUUAAAUGAUUAGCCUACUCAACCUACUGAAUUAUUUAAAAACCAAAAAAUACAAACGAUUUUUGUAAUUAGCUUCGUAUCGCUAGCUUAUCAUUGCAAGAACGAAGGAUCUGAAUAUCGCAAUAAUCUCGAAAUAAAAAAUUGUUAGGCAACUGACAAAAUCUGAAAUUUAAUUAUUUCUAUUUUUAACCAUUUUACUUCUAAUUUUUUCUUUCUUGUGACAUAAUUCGUAUUGAAAAACUCACAUCGAUUUUUCAAGACAUUCUACAGUAUAUACAUAAUAUUUUACUUAUGGUUUUUCUUGAAAAAGAUUAUAACAAAUGGACAUAGUAUGGAGUAUAAUUUAGAUUUUAAAAAUGCAUUUUUAUAAAAUUAUUCGGUAUAAAAUAGAAAAUUAUUAAUUUUAUCCUUGCGUGAAAUUUUUUUCUAAAUCAAAGAGACUUAAUUUUGACUUUUCUGAAUUUAGUACAGUUUGAAAUUCAGGUCCUCAAUUACUCGCAUAAAUUCUCCUUGUUUCUAAUGAUGUAACACAAAAUAGUAAGCGUACUUAUGCGAACCUUCAAGUGGUUGAAUCUAGAUAAUUACGUUCGGCACUAUAAAUGUCGAAAUACUACAAGUGCGCUGCGAAUGCGGGCUGUACCAUUUAGGGAAUUACCUAACACUGCCCUAAAAAAUCUAAAUAAAGUUCGUAUUCGCGAUCAAGUUGCAUUUACAUUUUAGCUGAUACAUAUUGAGUGUGUAUGUUAGACUUAAGAGGCACAUCGAUUAAGGAGUUUCAGACGACGAGCCGCUUGGCUCACUCUGUCGAAGAUUUAUGCUCCGUGUAUCUUUCAUGAAUCACCUCUAAAAAAUUACUUGUACUUAAAUCAUACAUCACUUUAGGAGUAGUCAAUGAUUGGGUUUUAAAUCUUUAAAAAAUUGUCAUUGAAAUGUUUGCAGAAAUACUCGAGAAUUGGAAGAAAGCAGAAAUUAAUUAUUAACAUUAGAAUAAAAGAUUAAGAAUAUGUUAAAAAUUGUUUCUAUUUAAAAAUGUGUUUCUUUUAAUUCAUUUAAUUCUUUUAAGUCAUUUAAUAUUAUCACAUAUAAUGCGCAACGAAGAAGCAUCUAAUAUGAUAUAACAUUUAUCAAAUUUAAACGCAUAUAUGAAUGAGCAAGAUUUGCCAUAAAAUAUACUCUCUAAAUUGAAAUCAGCAUUAUUCACUGAAUAGUCUGAUUUCAGUGAUGUACUUAUAAUUAUAAUUAUACCAUUCAGUAAUAUAUGCACUGUUUUCAGUGACAAUAUACUGAUUCGAUCAGUGAGAGUACCUCUUUCUUAAUCAGAAUCACUAAAAAAUAGUGAAUAGUCACUGAUGAUCAAAGUUAUAAGUAUAACAUUACAAAUCAGUAAGAUUUCACUGAUUCAGAUUUAGAGAAUACAUAAUAAUUGAUAAAUCUCUUAUUUGCCUGUAAUUUUUUCUUCUCAGCUCCAUAAAAUUUGUUUCUGUUCCUUGGAUUACACCGAGCAUAAAUCAGAUCUAAGUCAAUGUCUAUAACUCGAAGAUAUACCGUUAAUAUUAACAUAAUUUAUUACAGUUACGUAGAGAUUGAUCGUGAGACCGUCAUAUGUAUAUUUAAGUUGUCAGCAAGCUUGUUGGCGAAUAUUUCCUACGUACAUAAGUAAAAUUUUUUAAGUAUCGUCAGUAGUAAUUCGUGACAUAUCCAAAAACGUACAAUCGAUUGUCCUUCAAUAUAGUUUGCACCGAAAAUGUUUUGUUUCCAAAUUUUAUAUUAUUUGUACACUUUAUUAUUGUAUUUCUAAAUAAAAGAUGAAAAAAGAA